AUGCCUUAAAACAGUACAUUAAGUUUAAAUUACGUAUAAAAUUAUCAGAAUUAAACUGUUUCCGAUAUAACACAAGUUAAAUAAUAAAUGGAAAACGAAAACUUAAAAGUGCGUAUUAAAUGGCAGCUGUAACGUACUCGAGAAUUUCUCGAUAUCCCUACUAGAGCUUUAAAUUGUGUGAUCGCGAUUUAUUAUAAUACAGUGGUGUUCAAUAAUUAAGUUAUGAUUUUACUUUAAACCAAGUGCAAAUAUUUCGAAAUUAGGGCAAAUAUACCGGGUAAACAACACCACGUGAUCGAAGCAUGGUACAAGUUUGAGGGGGGAGAUCACAAGCUAAAUUCACCUUUAUUGUCAAAAUAUUCAAGAAAUCAUGUCCAGUGGUUGUUCAGUGAGUUACGAGGAUAUGGUCACGUAGACGUUCAAAUUGUAAGACAAAAUAAUUGUAAACUUCCCCAAAAUGAACAAAUCUGAACCCCUGUUACGGUGGUAGUACACCCACCGAAAAUGCGUGUUAUUUAAAUCCGUUGACAUCAACAAUUUGCCGAUCAAGUACAGUGAAAACCAAUGUCAAGAACACUGUAGAUAGAUGACUAUAGACUGAUUUUUAUAAAAAUUUCUGUGAAAUUAGAUAUGAGUCAAAGUCAGCGGGAUACUGUUAUCCACCUGGUUGCUGGGGGAGUUGCCGGAACGACAGGUGCCAUAGUAACCUGCCCCCUGGAGGUGGUCAAGACCAGGCAGCAGUCUUCCAGGAAUAGCUUCGUAAUAGUGCGCGACCUCUCCAACAUCCCAGGAGAGAGCCCAUUGCCCAAAACGACAUGUCGAACUGUUCCCGACCAGAGGCGUAGGUUGUGGACCUCUUCUUGGUACAGCCGACCUCAAGUUGUGGCUCUUUCAGGUUACACUUCCCCGCCGUCCCAGAUCCAAACGCUCAGCAUCGUCCAGUGUCUCAGGCAUAUUAUACAGCAUGAGGGGCCCAUGGCGUUGUUCAAAGGUCUUGGGCCUAACCUGGUGGGCGUGGCGCCUUCCCGAGCUGUAUACUUCUGCACGUACUCCCAGGCGAAGGUGUUUUGGAAUAGCUUCCUCCCGGCGGACUCGCCCAUAGUACAUGUUUGCUCUGCGUCUUGCGCGGGCUUCAUGGCCAGCACCCUGACUAACCCCAUAUGGUUCGUUAAGACCCGUCUCCAGUUAGAUUUAACUAGGAAUAGUGAUGUGACUGCUAUGCAAGUCGUUCGAAGGAUAUAUGCUACAUCGGGCAUUCUAGGUUUUUACAAAGGCAUAACAGCCUCUUACAUGGGCAUCUCGGAAACCAUUGUACAUUUCGUGAUCUACGAAGCCAUAAAGGCCGAAUUAAUGGCGCACAGGUCGCAUGUCACCGACGAGAAGAGUUCCAAGGACUUCCUCGAGUUCAUGAUGGCCGGGGCUAUUUCUAAAACGGUAGCCUCUUGCAUAGCUUACCCCCACGAGGUCGCCAGAACGCGACUGCGCGAGGAGGGUUCAAAAUACACGGCCUUCUGGCAAACUUUGGGACUCGUCUACAAGGAGGAGGGUUUCAGGGGUAUUUACAGAGGUCUAACGACUCAGUUAGUGAGACAGAUACCAAACACAGCGAUUAUGAUGUCGACGUACGAAGCGGUCGUUUAUAUUUUGACCACGAGGUUCAACACUGAAUUUUACGCAAAGGAGGAGCAGUAAGAUUUGAGUAGGUGAGAUAAUUGUCGAUCUAAGUCAAUCGUCGGCUGGUAACAGCGAGUCGGUGUGAUUUCAUGAGAAAUGUAGAAGUCAUUGUGAUAAUUUUAUUAUUUGGGAAGUGAUGACCGUUAGAAAGCCUUUAGAAGAAAUAAGGAUAAAAAUUGUCUUUAACAAACAAUACAUAAGGUAAACAUACAAGUAUUUUUAGUAUUCUAAUACACAGAAAUAUAUAUUUUCUUUUUUUUUUCCAUAUAAAAGAAUAGUUUUCUUUGUUUUUUGUUAUGCCUUAUAGAUUAAAUAAAAAAUUAGUCACUCCGGUUAGUCUGCUGGAUAUUUACAUCAAAUUCAAUUCCAGAAAGGAACAUGAUUAGAUUUUAUGAUAUGGAACAAGGCACAGUGUUUUAACGAUAUAUGAGAGGGGGGGGAACCCUAAAAUAACCGGACACCGUUUUUAAAAAAAUAGAUUUUUUUUGUGUUCCAAAUGUUAGUCACCUUUGAAGCACUCUCCGUUAAUACUAAUACACUGAUACAAAGGUUUUUACCAUUGCGGGAAACACCUUUUGUACUCGUCCUUUCCGAUGCCUUGCAGUGCCGCCUUCGAUUUUCUUUUCACUCGUACAUUUGAGUUCUUUUCAAGGCAUGUUCUGUGUACAGGGUGUUCCUAAAUAAAUGUCGCAACGAAAAACUGUAAAUUCCUCUUGAA